AUGAAAUUUGAAAUUUUCAAAUUUCUGCCCUACCUAGCGGUAUUACUUACCUUUAAAACUUGUGUUUCAUCCUAUGAAAGCCAUCAAUACUGCAUUAUUGGCGCCGGCCCUGGUGGGCUGCAGAUGGCUUACUUUCUUGACUCUACGGGUAGAGAUUAUGUUGUUUUCGAACGCAAUAGCAAAGCAGGUGAAAAGAAUGUUGAAUUCAACUGGCGGCAUGAUUGGAAUUCGCUUUUAAGCCACGAUGAAUCUUUAGUGAUGGGGCGUUAUUCUGAUGAGUACUUCCCACAUGCAGAUGAUCUGGUUACCUACUUCAAUGAUUAUGCAGACAAGCUAAAAUUACGAAUCAAGUACAACACUGAAGUAAGCAAUAUUUCGGAAAUCAAGGAAGCUAAUAGCACCCAAAAUGUAUUCGAAAUGAAUGAUUCCGAAGGCAAUUUAUACCGUUGUAACGUGACUAUUGUUAGUACGGGAAUUUCUUUGGCAAAUAUUCCAAAAGGCGCUAUUGGAAUCGAUAAUGCAGUUGGCUAUGAAUCCAUGUCCAUGAAUUUAACCACUUAUGAGGGUAAAGAUGUUCUUAUCCUCGGCCAAGGGAAUUCUGCAUUAGAAAUUGCGAAAUUUAUCUCUCCGGUUGCGAAUAAGAUUCAUUUGGUCGGCAGAAAUGGACUCCGUCAAUCAUGGUCAACACAUUAUGUUGGAGAUGUUAGAGGAAUUAACAGAGAUUUUCUGGAUGGCAUGCAACUUCGAUUUAUGGAUAGUAUAGCCUAUAUCGAAGCUCAAAAUAUUGUUUUUAAGAAAACUUUGAAGAAUAAAAUUGGUCUAAAAUUACGGGAUCCUUUUUCAAAGAGAGUCAUAGGCAAAGGCCAAAAUAAUAAUAUUCUACGAAAUGAAUACGAUCAUAUAAUUCGAUGCCUCGGAUUCCAGUUUGACGAUUCUAUAUUCAAUGGAUCGACCAAGCCAUUCAGGCUGAAAGAUGACUUAUCUAAAUAUCCAUUUCUACGUGAUAGCUAUGAGUCUGUAAAUGUUCCUAAUAUGUAUUUCGCGGGCAGCUUAGCUCAUUCACGCGAUUAUCGUAAAUCUUCUGGAGGAUUUAUUCAUGGAUUUAGAUACUCCAUUCGCGCAUUACAUCAAAUGUUGGAAUGGAAGUAUCAUGGUAACCCAUGGCCAUCUUCUCGCCUUAGCACAGAUGCUUUGCUUUAUAAGAUUCUAAAAAGAAUAAAUGAAGCCUCUGGAAUAUAUCAAAUGUUUGGCGCGUUUGCUGACAUUAUUGUUAUAGAUGAAAAUGGAUCCCAUUAUUAUCUCGAAGAUGUUCCGAUUCAUAUCAUACCUAAACUAGAAGAGCGAACUGGGGUUCCGAUUCAGAAAAAAAUGUUUGUACUUACUUUUGAAUAUGGAAAAAAGUUUACUGGAGAACGUACUGACACGCUGUCUCCAGGUCGUAUCCAUAUUAAUUGGACAGAAGCUCAUAAAUGUAAUUUUAUUCAUCCCAAAAUUUAUUAUUAUGAAGAGCCAGUAACUGCCUUAGAAACUUCCGGGGCAUUGCCACCACCUACCAAACUUCAUCAUGUUGUUGAAGAUUUUUUAACUCACUGGGAUAAAAUAGGGAGCCAUAUCAUACCUAUAAAACGGUUCUUGGCUAAUAUGCUUAAAGAAGAUUUCAACAACUAUUAUGCUGAUUCAUGCUUUGAGAUGAUGAUGCUACACAAAAGUGCUCCACCUGGCUGCUACCGAGGACAAUUUAUGAGCAGACACCCCGUUUUUUAUCUGGGUUUUUAAAUAGCCAAGUUUACGAUACUGUAAAAUUUUUGAAUAAAGUCACAUUUAUUG